ACAGCUUUACGCUUAAAAUAUAUGGAAAAGAAGCAAGUAUUUCUGGAGGAAAAUAUCCGUGUUAAGGAACCCAUAGCUCUGUUCAGAGAAUGGAUGAAUCAGGCAUUGCAAACGGAAGAAAUUAUAGAACCGAAUGCAGCCAGUUUGGCCACAGUUGGAAGUAAUGGCUGUCCAUCGAAUCGUUUCGUUCUUCUGAAAGACAUCUCCGAUGAAGGUUUUACAUUUUUCACCAACUACGGCAGUCGUAAAGCUAAAGAUAUUGCAUCAAAUCCAAAUGUGGCCAUGACUUUAUAUUGGUGCCCCCUUAGACGUUCAAUACGCAUUGAGGGUGUUGCAGAGAAAAUACCCCAGGAAGAUUCAUUGAAAUAUUUCCAUGAACGACCGAGAGCAAGUCAAAUAGGUGCAUUGGCAUCCAAACAAAGUUCCAAAAUACCAUCACGUCAACAUUUAGAUGAAGUUGAGAAGAAAAUAAAAGAAGAUUUGGGCGAUAAGGAGGUGCCUUUACCAAAUUGGGGCGGUUACUUGAUAAGACCAAAAUUAAUUGAAUUUUGGCAAGGUCAAACAGAUCGUUUACAUGAUCGUAUUGUAUUUCGAAAAUAUUCUGGAGUCGAGAAGGAAAUCGAUAAUGUUCUGGUACAUCCCGCUGAAAAUGGUUGGGUAUAUGAGCGCCUAGCCCCCUAAGCGACAAUAAUAUGUGCAUUUAUAAAGUUACUAUUGUUAUA